GUGGCUAACUCCGUUUCCAGCCGAAACCAAGGGCUGAUGCACCCGGGUGUAACCAAGAGGCUAAGGUUAGGCUAGUUAGACCAGAUGUAGCUAGUUAGCUUUAGAUUCUUGGCGUACGCAGCUUUAGAAUGAACACCGUGCACACGACUAUUGAGGAAUACUAAUGAAACGACUCGGCGUGACGUUAUUUUACCAUCGCUGUUUUGUUGUCGUGAACGUUUCGUGUUUAUUUGUUUUCACUCUUAGCGGUCCCGUUUUGGUCAGUUAGCUGGUUAGCCACCUCAGCUAGCGUAUGGGUGUCAAAGUUAGCCGUGACUUCACCGGGUGUCUGAUUGCCUGAUCUCAACAUUUUGGACACGUCAAGGUUCCUCAAAUCUGUGUGUUGAUUUUGGGGGCUGUGAUGUCGGAGCCCAAGACCCCCACUCCAACCCCUGCUGGUGACACAUACAAAGGAUGGGUAUUCAAGUGGACAAAUUACAUCAAGGGAUAUCAGAGGAGGUGGUUUGUCCUGAGCAAUGGGUUGUUGUCGUACUACAGGACUCAGGCGGAGAUGGGCCACACAUGCAGGGGCACCAUCAACCUGGCUACGGCGACCAUCACUGUGGAUGACGCCUGCAACUUUGUCAUCUCCAAUGGGGGAGCACAGACGUAUCACCUUAAAGCCAGCUGUGAAGUGGAACGCCAACGCUGGAUCACGGCUCUAGAGCUGGCCAAAGCCAAAGCAGCCCGCAUGCAGGCUGAGUCAGAUGACUCUGGGGACGACUUCUCUCCAACAUCCAACCCGGUGGUGCCUGGACAAGGCGGUGGGUCACAGAAUUCAGAAGUCCAGUCGGCUCUCCGAACAUUAGGCAGCAAAGUGGAAGAUCUGAGCACCUGCAAUGACCUGAUCUCAAAGCACGGCUCUGCUCUCCAGAGGUCAUUAUCAGAACUUGACAGCUUACGCCUGACUGGAGAGGCGGGGGAUAAGAUCCGUCAGGUGACAGAGAGGGCCACACUAUUCCGCAUCACCUCCAAUGCAAUGAUUAAUGCAUGCCGAGACUUCCUCACAUUGGCCCAGGCCCACAGUAAAAGAUGGCAGAAGGCGCUCCAGGCAGAACGAGAGCAGCGCGUGAGGCUGGAGGAGACGCUGGAGCAGCUCGCCAAGCAGCACAACCACCUGGAGAGGGCGUUCCGGGGCGCGGCACAGGCCAACGCCACCACAGACAAUAAAAGUUCUACUGGGCCAGGAAAAGGCGAAGCAAGUGACGAAGAUGACGACAAUGAGUUUUUCGAUGCCAUGGAGGAAGCGCCGGAGUUCAUCACCGUACCUGCAGAUCCUCAGUUUCACAAACGAUCAAGCAGCAACGUCAGUGGUUUCAACAGUGAAAUGUGCCCUGAUGAUCAGUCGCUAAAUGAGGAGCCUCUAGCAAUGAACCAGGAGUCCCCAUCAGAGCUGGUUCCCUUAAAAAAGAGGAGGACUCGCAUCCCAGACAAACCCAACUACUCUCUAAACCUUUGGAGCAUCAUGAAGAACUGCAUUGGCAAAGAGCUGUCCAAGAUUCCAAUGCCUGUUAACUUCAAUGAGCCUAUUUCAAUGCUGCAGCGGUUGUCGGAGGAUCUGGAGUACCAUGAGCUGCUGGAUAAGGCAGCCAAGUGCCAGAGUUCUUUGGAGCAGAUGUGUUACGUGGCCGCCUUCUCCGUGUCCUCGUACUCCACCACCGUCCACCGCACAGGGAAGCCCUUCAACCCGCUGCUCGGCGAAACAUACGAGCUCGACCGCAGGAGAGAGAGCGGAUACCGAUCCCUAUGUGAGCAGGUGAGCCACCACCCUCCUGCAGCAGCGCAUCACGUGAUCUCUGAUCGCGGUUGGACUCUGAGGCAGGAAAUCACAGUCGCUAGCAAGUUCAGGGGAAAAUAUCUCUCCAUCAUGCCUUUAGGGACAAUUCAUGCAAUCUUUGAAAAGAGCAACAAUCACUACACAUGGAAGAAAGUAACCACAACGGUGCACAACAUCAUUGUGGGAAAACUGUGGAUCGAUCAGUCUGGAGAGAUCGAUGUAGUGAACCACACCACCGGAGACCGAUGCCAUCUGAAGUUCGCCCCCUACAGCUACUUCUCCAGAGACGUGGCUAGGAAGGUGACAGGUGUGGUGAUGGACAAGGACGGGAAAGCCCACUACGUUCUGUCUGGGACAUGGGAUGAGAAGAUGGAGUUCUCCAGGGUGAUGCAGAGCAGCCGUGGAGGAGAGAACGGCACCGAAGGCAAACAGAAGACGGUUUAUCAAACCCUCAAAGCCAGAGAAGUGUGGAGGAGGAACCCGCUCCCUGAGGGAGCAGAGACCAUGUACUACUUCACUGCCUUGGCGCUGUCCCUGAAUGAGCAGGAGGAGGGGGUGGCGCCCACCGACAGCCGGCGCCGUCCGGACCAACGGCUGAUGGAGGACGGCCGCUGGGAAGAGGCCAAUGCUGAAAAGCAACGGCUGGAGGAGAAACAGCGUAGCGCCCGGCGUGAGAGGGAGAGGGAGGCGGCCAACCAGCGCACGGCCAGCCAAUCAGAAGAAGCUGUCGAUGAGGACUCUAUUACUGAUUCAUCCUUAAAAUACGCACCUCAUGACACCUACAAGGCGCUUUGGUUUGAGCGCUGCGAGGACCCGAUAACAGGUGAACAGGUUCACAUCUACCGGGGAGGAUACUGGGAGGCCAAGGAGCGUGGCAGCUGGGAGGGCUGCGCUGACAUAUUCUGACCUCGGCAUCGUACUGCUAAGUGCCCAGACGAGCCUCGAUCCAUCUGAGCUGCUCCGCCCACCGCCACAGACGGCCAUUACAAAGCCCCACCCCCUUGACUUGGAUGCCUGCCUCCCUCCAGUGACUCUCUGUUCUAGGAGAUCUUCAGGACGGGCUGAUCCACGGGGGGAACAGGGCUUUCCCUCCUGGCCUUUCCUCAUCAUUUUGGUUCUUAUGAGUCUCAGCAUCCUCUUCCUCCUCCUCCUCUUCCUCCCCUUUAGCUGUCAAACUCUAAUGCUGUAGUGCUUCGACUCCAAACGGGACGAGCACAAAAACGAGGAGGACCAAACAGGCAAUGCUUCCAAACCUCUCAUCCUUUAGUCUCUGAGGGGUUCCAUGUCUCCUCCUCUGUUGUGAGAUCAUGUAGUGUUCCUGUUGUCGCUCACAGCAUCCCAUGCUUCGGUAAAACUCUAAAAAAAAAUGGGUAAGACCUGGUUAAUAUAUAGUACAUUUAUAUAUCUAAAUAUAUGAUUAAACUAAUUUCAUUCAAAUGUCAACUGGUGGCCUUCAAGACCUUAGCGAAUAUUUCCUGUUUCUCUCUGAUUUAGUGUCUUAAUGUGAUGAUGUGAAGGUUCUAGUGUGUAUGACUGCAUAUCUGUUCUUCCAAACAAACUAAAAAAAAGGUUACUCACAAACUCGUUGACCCUUGAAUUUACGCCUCUUAGAUACCAUCUUUUUCAUUUAGGACUCGACUCAUGGUUAAAACACUUAUCCCUUCACCUUCGAAAGGAGCAAGUCAAGUAUCAGAGGGAAAAAAUAUAAAAAAAACCCUCUCGCAUUAGUGCAGUUUUAGUCACUAACUAUUAUUAAAAUCACCCUUUUACACUGUAUGUGGAGCCAUUUGACAUAACGUUGUCAAUUGUUUUUGUUUUUUUUGUUUUUUUAUUAAAUGGGGAUACUCGGUGCGAUGUUGUGUCGAGCAUAACACAAACAAUUGAGCAAACACAACAGAAGUAAAUGUCACACCACAGUGUAUUUGAGUUCAUACAUAUGCAAGUACAUUUUGACACCAAAAACAUGGAUUAUAGUGUGUGUGUGAGUGUGUGUGUGUGUGUGUGUGUGUGUGUGUUGAAUAAUUAUGUUUGUAAGUGUACUUAAAAAUGAAGAAUAAAGAAACAAAGAUUUUAAAAGCAGUGCAAAUAACUAUGAUUUUAUAAAUGUAUAGAAAUUCACAUUAUAGUACUGAUAACUGUACGGUAUGUAGGGUUUUUCUUGUACUUUUCUUUUGAUUCCUCAUAGUAAUGGGGGAGGCCUGUCUUCAUUUUCAGAAAAAAGGGAGUUUCCAUACUGACUUAUAAAAGAGACAUGACAUUGUGCAGUAUUUUGUAUUAAAGAAAAAAAAAUCUGUAAUAAACAAAUGCUGUGAUGUCAAUUG